GGCUGCUGUAGCCGACAGUCUACCACAUUUCCGAUUUUGCUGUGCCCAGACUGUAUACACUCAUUUUCAUUUUCUCCCCUCGUUCCGUCGUCUGUUGUUCCCUAAGCGAGGGAGAGAAAAGAAAAUUUCCUACACUUUGUUCCAUUCAAAGCAGCAAACAGUAACAGCACACGAAACUGGUGCUCCAAGUGAUUCGUUUCAAUGUUUCAAAUCGCCAAAGAUGCCAUGACGUUUUGAAGAUCUGCAGCUUCGUCAACUGGCUUCAAAAGAGGAACGACCUUGCGUCAUCAUGUCCGAGUGGAUAGCCACACAAUUGCUUUUGCUGAUUAUUCAGUUGGCGUCAUCAACAGCCUUAGAGAACCUGGAAAGUGAUGGACCUGUCGUGGGCAGCAGCAGUCAUUGGAUUCACGUCCAGAAAUGCUGCCCAGAAGCCCACAUGAUGGUGGAAGUGGCCAGCCGAACAACGGCCACCACCCACAACACUGGCUCCAAGUUUGAAUGCCAAUUGCAAAACGAUACGACAUUCUUGUGGGCACCCGAUUUUCUCGACGAACAAAACAAGUUGCAAGCAUUCGAAGGAAGUCUCGACGCAGAGAGUGUCGACUCUGAUUUCAACAUCACGAAAUUUUGCAUACCAAACGGACCUUGCAUCUCAGCCAUCGUGGGUAAACCACAAUGUGGACCGUACCGAGCAUGGCCCAUCUUUACGUACGCCGGUUUUCAAGAAGAUUUACAAUUACGACCAUUCGGUGUCCUACGUCAUGUGGUGGACAAGUUGGCUCAGGUUCCUCGUCACCAUGAAUAUGCGCUAGAUCAGUAUUGCGUGGACGGCGUUCGACUUUUGGGCUCCGUCUCCCAUUACGGACACGGAUUGCCUGACGGUGCCGAGAACACAAGCUCAGCACCGUUGUCGCCUCCAUCCGAUGGCCCUGUUUAUUAUGCCCUCAUCUGCGAGCCAGGCCCGCUGGACGAGAGUGAUUUUUUCGAAAUGUUUGUUCAAGUCUUUUACCCCAUCGGCUUAGGGGUCGGUCUACUUGUAUUGCUCACCCUAACUGGAAUUCAUCUGGUUCUCAAAGAAUUGCGUGAUCUGAGCGGUUGCAUGCUCAUAAGCCUCGUUGUUUCGAUGAUCGUCACUUUGACCAGCAACUUAAUUCUUUCAGCUGCCGAUUCUCGACCUAGUCCGUACCUCAAUUUACUGUUUUUAGAGUCGGUAGUUCACGGCUCAGAUGUGGCUGUACAUUUUUGGCUUAGUGCCAUCGGACACAGAGCCUGGACGGCUGUUCGAUUUCCGCGGAAGGAAGCCAUGCGACCGGAAGGAAAACGAUACGUCUUCUAUUCACUUUAUUCAUGGGGAUCAGCUGUUUGUGUGACAGGUUUGGCAGUAUUGGUUCACUUUUUCAUGGAAGACCAGUCACUCGGAACUACUUCACCGCACAGUUUCUUCACUUGGUAUAGAAUCGGUUGGUUGGGAUUGGCUCUAUUCUGCUCUACUUGCGUUUUCCUUUUUCUGGUCAAUAUUUACGUGUACUUUGCCACCCGCUCUACGCUUAAUAAUCAGACGAACUAUGGACGGACGUUCCAUCGCACCAAGGGAUACUUUCGUGCAUUCACCCGUCUUUUUCUCAUCGUGGAAACUGUUUGGAUAAUCCAAACGUUUUCUUGGUUACAAUAUCCUAUUUUGGUCGGCCUACGAAUCUUGGCCGACAUCACACUGCCUUUCCUCAUUUUCUGGGCCGCCCUCAAAGGACGCCGCGUCAUGCAUUUAUUAAAAAUUCGCUUGCAAAUGUCGCAGUGUUGGCUAUGUCGUCGCUGCUUCCCACCCAAAACACGGGAUCGAGGACACUACUACGGCGAAGAAAUGAUGGCCCUUGGAACACCCAUCUAGCCUACCGAUGUUGUUUUAACAAACUAUUGACGACGCCUACAAUUCCUCUGAUAUCUUUACAUUACUGCCCUGCUCCAUGUUCUGUUUUUUAAAAUCACGAAUGAAAUACACUGAAAGUGAAAACACUAA